AUGGGGUCCGUCGCUCUUCCGUACAUGCAGACCAAGCCGCAGUUGAUUUUCUUCACCGACUUUGACGGCACUAUCACAGUUGAUGACAGCAAUGACUUCAUGAUCGACAAUCUCGGUUUCGGUGCCGAGCGCCGCAAGGCAUUGAACGCGCGGGUCCUGGAUGAGACUCUGGGUUUCCGGGACGCUUUCCGCGAAAUGCUCGACAGCAUCAAGACCCCGUUCAACGAGUGUAUCGAGAUCCUGAAGAAGAACAUGAAGCUAGACCCAUACUUUGAGGAGUUCUACUACUGGGCCAAGGAGAACAAUGUGCCCAUCGUCAUUUUGUCCGGAGGCAUGCGCCCCGUCAUCCUCGCCUUGCUCGAAGAGUUCCUGGGCCACAAGAUCGAUAGCCAUGUUCACAUCGUUUCCAACCAAGUGGUCAGCCGGGAUGGCAAGGAUAUCAACAGUGAAGGGGGCUGGAAGAUUGAGUUCCACGAUGAGAGCCAUUUCGGCCACGACAAGUCUCUCGAGAUCAAACCGUACGCUGCUUUGAAUGACAACGAACGCCCUGUUCUUCUGUACGCAGGUGAUGGUGUUUCCGACCUCUCGGCCGCUGCUGAGACCAACCUCCUGUUUGCCAAGGAGGGCAAGGACCUUGUGACCUUCUGCCAGCGCCGUGGUAUGCCCUACACCACCUUCCAGAACUGGUCCACCAUCUUGUCGACCACCCAGGACAUUCUCUCCGGCAAGGUGACUCCCAGUCAGGUGGCCGUCCGAUCUAAGAGUGCUCCUUGCCAGGGUGAUACUACAUCAUGGCUCGCCGGCUCGUACGUCUUCUUUGGCAAUUCUGAUGGGAUCAAAUUAAUGUGGCUUCCUGUGCAGGUGCGAACGGGCGUUCAGCUCACUUUACUAGUGACUUUUGCGAUCCUUUUGGUCGUAUUCCUCGAUAAUCAAUUUCGUGUCCUUCCCGACUCCAUCCAUGGCCACCUUCCCAUGCACUACUCCGGCUAUGUGAUCACUGAUGUGACAGUCACCAAGUGUUCAUCCCUCAAUCCCUUCUCGACAUGCAAACUCGACCCGGAAAUUUGGUACCGCAUCGAAAAGGACCUCUACCUGCGCUCGGGCUGGACCUCGACUGCCUACGUUCAAUUCCAGCGAAAGAAGGAGGAGGAGUUGACUGCGGAUGACAAGGUCGGUGAGGUCGAAGCGUGGGAACCGCGACCGGGUGGUCUCUGGCUGAAGCGUUCAGCCUCUCGCCACGCGAGCGAUUCUGGAAAGGCGGUGACAUACAUCGAUGUGCUAUUUGGUGCGGAUGCCGUGGACCCCCGUAUGAAUUGGGAGGUUAAAGAUACCCCUUUGUUGCUGGACGGUUGGACGGAAAAGCUAGAGACUCGAAUUAGCAUUCGGCGAGGCAACCCGACCAAGACCAAGAAGCCCACGCCCAGAAUCAACGAAAAUGGAAAGUUCAAGAUCAUGCAACUAGCGGACCUGCACCUGAGCACGGGUCUCGGUGUUUGUCGUGACCCAAUCCCGGCCGAGCCUGUGCCUGGGCAGAAGUGUGAAGCUGAUCCUCGCACAUUGGAGUUCGUGGAGAGGCUUCUUGAUGAGGAGAAGCCCGAUUUGGUCAUUCUGAGUGGUGACCAGGUGAAUGGGGAGACAUCUCCUGACGCCCAAAGUGCGGUCUUCAAGGGCGUCCAACUCCUCGUCGACCGCAAGAUUCCCUACGCCGUCAUCUUCGGCAACCACGACGAUGAAGGCGACCUCAACCGAGCACAACUCAUGUCUAUAUACGAAGAUCUUCCCUACUCGCUUGCAGCAGCUGGCCCCGAAGACAUUGACGGGGUCGGAAACUAUAUUGUCGAAGUCCUCGACCGCGGCAAGAGCACGCACUCUGCUCUUACUCUCUAUCUCCUUGACACCCAUUCCUAUUCCCCCGAUGAACGUCAAUUCCGAGGCUACGAUUGGAUCAAGCCAAGUCAAACUCGCUGGUUCAAGAACACUGCCCAAGGCCUUCGGAGGAAACAUCAGGAAUACUCUCACAUACAUAUGAAUAUGGCAUUUAUCCACAUCCCAUUGCCCGAGUACCGGAGCAGUGGAAAAUACUUCAAAGGCGCGUGGGACGAGGCUCCUACCGCGCCUGGGUUCAAUUCUGGUUUCAAAGAUGCCCUGCAAGAAGAGGGCGUCCUCUUUGUUAGCUGUGGACAUGACCAUGUCAACGACUAUUGCAUGCUCGAGCCAGAUGCCAAUGAUAAGCCCUCGCUCUGGAUGUGCUACGGCGGCGGCAGCGGCCUGGGUGGCUAUGGUGGCUACAACGACUACGUCCGACGUGUACGCUUCUUUGAUUUUGACAUUGGUCCCGGCCGGAUCACCACCUACAAACGCCUCGAGUGGGGACAGACAGAAGCCAAGAUCGACGACAUGAUGAUCGUCGACGGCGGUGCUGUGAAAGGUCCCAAUGAAGCAUCAUGA